AUGCGCCAUCUAAAAACUAAACAUGUAACUGUGCCACUUAAAAGACCACUGCUGGUAAAUGAUGACAACAUUGAUGAUCCAUUCGACCCCGACGUGCCAGCGUCUACAAGAGCCUCUGUGAGUACAGGUUCGUCGAGAGUACUUUCUGAUGCAGCAGGGCCAUCAGCAUCAAAUCUACCUAAACAAAGUGCCAUCACACAGUAUAUAAGUAAACCAAUUUCUCUCACAAAAUCAAAAGCUAUAGACUUACAGAUCACUUCAUUUAUCGUCAAACAUUUUCAUCCUUUUUCAUUGGUAGAAGAAACGGAAUUCCAUGGUUGGACAUCCAUCAACAACCAACAUUAUACAGCCUUAACCAUCCAUUUUUUAAAUUCUGAGACUAAAUUGUGUUCUAGACUAAUUGAUUGCAUCGACUAUAAUGAGCAAAGUACGUCAGUUGAACUUGCCAAUUUUUUGAUGGCUACUGUUAAAGCGUGGAAUAUUGAACAUAAAAUAUCAGCAGUUGUCACAGAUAAUGCUUCAAAUUUAGUUUGUGCUGUAAAGAAAAAUAAUUGGACUUUUGGAGACAUGUCCCAUGCUUUGCUCAUGUCCUUAAUAUCGGCAUUCAGCGUGAACCAUCAAAAACAAAUGGGAUUACCAGAUCUAAAGCUGAUUCAGGAGUGCAAAACUCGUUGGAAUUCAGCCUAUCACAUGAUGAAAAGGAUACUAAAGUUAAAAGAACCUAUGUUAUCAACAUUAGCCAUAACCAACAAUGAUUUAAAUUGCAUUACUGAGGAGGAAUGGUAA